GUUGCCGCCUGUUGCCCAAGACCCCUGCCCAGGGGUAGAUUGCCGCCUGUUGCCCGAGGCCCCUGCCCAGUGGUAGGUUGCCGCCUGUUGCCCAAGGCCCCUGCCAGUGGUAGGUUCCGCCUGUUGCCCGAGGCCCCUGCCCAGUGGCAGGUUGCCGCCUGUUGCCCGAGGCCCCUGCCCAGUGGUAGGUUGCCGCCUGUUGCCCGAGGCCCCUGCCCAGUGGUAGGUUGCGCGCCUGUCGCCCGAGGCCCCUGCCCAGUGGUAGGUUGCCGCCUGUUGCCCGAGCCCCAAGCCUAGGGGGGAGAUUGCCUGCCUGUCGCUGAAGACCCCCCGUGCCUGGAAUCGUCCCUGGUUUGCGC